CCUCAGGAGUCAAGUUCGGAGAAUAAGAAGGGCCUAAGUCGAGUAGAUUAUUGAACAUGGCAGCGGCAACAGACUCUUUCGAUACUUGGCUAAAUAAAAAAUUAAAAGCUUUGAACACUGACGAAGGUGUAUUCGGUACUUACAUAAGGGGGAUAUUAGAAGGUGAUGAGACCGACACUGAGAAAUCCGAAGCGCUCGAAGGAAUCCUCAUGGGAGUUACGGAGAAUAAGAUCGACGAACACGUUGCCGAGAUACUCGCUGCAUGGGCAGAAUCGUUGACUAAAAUAACACCCACAAAUGAUCUCGCACCGACCGAAGACGUUGACGUCAGGUUGGUCAGGAUGCUCGAGUCUCAGAGCCUGCCGACAACUACGACCCGGAGCUACACGGAAGAGGAAAGGCGGAUCAGAGAGACGAUACUCGCACAGUAUAGCCAGAUGUCUGAUAACGAGGAAAGUGAGGGCGAGGGCGAAGAGGAAGGUGCCGCUGGCGGCGAUUGCGGUAUUGAAAAGAAUAUGAAUGCAGCCGUUAUCGCCCAUCAGGAGCGAGAGAGACGCGAAAGGGCCAAACUGGAGAGUCAGAAGAAGAAAGACAAGGACAAGGAGGAUCGGGAAAAGCAGAAGCAGCUUAAAGAAGAGAAAAAAGAAAAGCGAAAAACUCAGAAAGGGGAGCGACGCAGGUAGCACAGAUACACCUGCCCGUUGUUGUACGUUUGUUUUGAACUUCUUUUUAACCCAACCAAAAAUUAUGUAUCUUGCGAGUGUCAGAAAAUUUUUAUCCUCCACAACGAAUAUAAAUUAUACACUUCAUAGUAUGCAUAUGAAGAAUGAUAAAAAUUAACUCACCAUCCCCGCAUCACUCAUCCUUAAAACGAAUACGUGUAUAUUUAUUAUCGUGCAUGCAGUGAUUCUAAUUCCUGUUUCAUCGUCAUCAACAAACUUACCCUCCCACCCUCCCUCCUUUAUUUAGGUGCUAUCAAAUUAACUUAUAAACACUAAUAAUCAAAUACUCAUCUGUAACACAAAGUCAUCGUUUGUUUGUAUCUCGUUUUGCAUUGUCAACCUAUAGAUUCAAAGUAACAGCUCAAGAUAAAUUUCGAGACGCAUACUCAGGUAGGUUGGGGAAAAAAUAAAAAUCAAUGCAAAAUAGAUGCACUGGUGAAAAUAUUGUCUGUUUUUCUCCCAACAUUAUAUCUAUUGAUUACAAUAAACGGAAUGGUACAGAUGUUUUUUGAAAAUUUUCAGAAAAUCGUUUUCACCAUGACGAAAGUAGUGUUUAAAUUAUUUGACAUUUUGCAUGCGUGUGCGAACUGUAAUAAUAGUGUAAUGUUGAUAUACGAUACAUAGCCUAGUCAUACAUACAAAGAGGUGUUGCAAAUUGUAAUAGAUAAAUCGCAACCGUAAUUUUUUCUUAUAUUUCACAAUGUUCUUACUUGCGCGCUGUCAUUGCUAUUCUUGCUAUUGAAUUAGAGAAAAUUGUAGCAACGUUAUAAUUACUGACAAACAGUAAUGUGAUUAAAAAAUUUUACACUCAAUCUAUGUACUUGUACAUACAUGUGUUACGGACGAUAAUUUUAUUUUUCAACUGCUCUGAAGACCUAGUCGACGCAAAUACAAUACCAAUUGAACUAUAAUUGAAAUUAAAUUUCAAGUGGCAAUAAUAUUUACAAAAUGAAUAGAAUUGAAUAAUUAAAAAAAUUAUAGAGGCGGUCCGAAAAUGCAUUCAUGUCGUUUUGUUACACACUGAUUGAUUUGAUGCAUGCGCGGUUAUUUUAUUCUUAUUGAAUUUAUCAAUUUGUAUUUGUACAUUUUCGUGAUGGUUUACGAGUAACGCACUUUAGUUUUUCCAAUUCUUUUUUUUUUAUAAUAUUUUCGACUUUUUAUUGCAUAGAUCUUAUUUUAUUUAAUAACGAUAAUAUUAAUAGUAAUGAUGAUAAUAAUAUAUUAAAUAAAUCAAAAAAAUUUUAUUACUGUUUUCUCCUUCAUUUCUUCAUUUCUCACCCCACGAUGCCAAUAUUGUUACAUCGUUCACGAUAUCCGAUGUGAUCACUAUAAUUAUUAAGAAACCCCAUAACUAUACAAAAACAGAAGAGAAGAGAAAAAGCUUAUAGAAACGUUUUUUGUUACUUUAUUAGUAUUGUUAUUAUUAUUAUUAUCAUUAUUAUUAGUAUUAUUAAUAUUAAAUAUUUACACACAAGAUAUCAUCAAAUCCUUGUCAUAUUCUUAAUAUGUAUAUGUAUUACGGUUAAAUACAAAGAGAGAAUAAACAAUGAAAAAAUGAUUAAAGAAAAGAUGAAAUAUUAA